AUGACUAUGGCGGAUCCGAAUGCGACCAAGCCACUGACCCAGGCUGAUGUCGAGCGAAUCAUCCACGCGAUGCUGGAGUCCAACAAACUGCUAACUGCAGCAAGCCAGCCUAAAAACAUGCAGGCUGUCACCGCCGCAGACCUGAAGGACUCGGAGAAGAAGGUGCUUGCCGAUGUCGGCAAUUUGAUUGACGCCAAACGCGACCACAGACUUGACGAGAUGCUACCGCCUAUCAAGAGUGCCAUCGCGAAGAUGCAGAGCCACUUGGAGGCAGUAGAUGACGCCAUUCGCGAGAUUGAGCAGCAAAAUCUCGUCGAUGAGAAGAAAAGUCUUGAAGAUGACAUCCGUUUUCAAGCUGUGGAGCUCCGCUUGAUGCAAGCCAACAAGGACAUGGAAAAUGUCAAGCUUCAGGUAUCCUCCUUCGAGAAGGCUGUGACAGCUAAAAGAGCCGACAACAAGGAAGCCAUCAGGGAUAUCAAAGGCGACAUUCGCGCCGGUCGGUUCAAGCAGGAAGCCUUGGACGAGGAUCAGCAGAACAAUCGAAACGACACGAGGACAAUCAUGGACAAUAACCGAAGCAUCAAGGAGAAGCAGGAUGCUCACGAAAAGUCUCAGACGGCUGCGAUGAGCGAGUUGCGCGAGAAGACCGUCUCCAGCUCCAAGUCCUCCGAGGGCGGCAAAAGUGCCGAUUCUAUCACUUGCGCUCUCUGCGCUCCCACGCCGAAGAAGGGCUCGUCCACUCGAAAGAAGUGAGUCAGCACUCGAACUUUCUUGUCUACCCUCGUAGCCUACAGUUACUGUACCGGCUCGGACAAAGUCACGAGAUGUGGCAUAACACGAGGAAAUGAAGGUCACGAACGACUUGACGAAUGAUGUGAGAAUAUGAUUCAGAUGACGACAAUAUUGCUAGCAGCGAAGCUUGGCAAAACCAAUAUCAGUACAACUCCGACCUGAGCAACGGCUUUUUUGGCCUUUGGAGAAGCGG